GCGUGACGUGCGUGGGCCUCUACGUGGGUUUGCCCGGGUUUGCCUUUCCUGGCUAGAUUGAACGGGACAUCUUGAACACCGCAACGUCCAUCUAGCAACUUUGUAAACCAACAAAAUAGCUACGCGUCAUCACAAGCGGCACGCAGCAGCUGCAGCAUUCGGCGUCCUCUGUAGCACAGUGAAUAAGCUCUGUAGCACCGGCGGUAGAGAUGGCAUCCAAACGUACUCCUGAUGCGGGCGACGUGGCCUCAGCAGACAACGAUGCCGACAAGCCGGUCAAAGUCGACAAGUGGGACGGAUCCGCGGUGCGCAACGCGCUCGACGACGCCGUCAAGAAGAUCAUGACGGAGAAGUACAAGUACGUGGAGAACCACCGGCUGACGGACGGGCGGCUGGCCAUCUGUACCGUGGCCGUGGGCGCCGCCAUGUUCGCCCUGCUCUGGGACUAUCUGUACCCGUUCCCGGAGUCGAGGUGCGUCCUCAUCGGCUGCGUGCUGUCCUACUUCUUCCUGAUGGGCGUGCUGACGCUGUACACGAGCUUCCUCGAGAAGGGUAUCUUUCUCGUCGCCGUCCAGAAGGAUCCGUCCGGGCUGGACCCGGACAGCGUGUGGACGGUGAGCUCGUCGCUCAAGCGCUUCGACGACGUGUACCAUCUGCAGCUGCAGUACCGCGACGGCAAGACCCGGGCGACGCGGGAAGCCAAGCUGGACAAGUCCAUCGCCUUGUGGUUCGACGAGGCCGGCAACCUGCUCUUCGACGCCUUCGAGCCGCAGCUUUGCAAGCUGCACAACAGUCUGCUCAGCGAGAAGAAAGAGAAGUGAUGUGGGAAUAAAAGGUUUGACACUUGCUGCCGCGAGAGCCUGGAAA